UCUUUUUCUUUUCCAUUUUUUUUUUGGUUUUGGGUCUCACACAGAGAGCGAGAGAUUCUUCCUUCUAACAUUUUUUUUGGUCCAGCGAAGGAAAAGCGUAUUCCUCGUGAGCCUCUCUACUGCCCUUUCCUUCCUUUCCUUCUUGUUUUUUUUAGUGAUCCUCUACAUCGCACCCAACGCUCCCCCAAAUCUACACCUUCGCCGCUGCUGGUAGAAUCAGAGAGAUGACGUCAGAUGGUGCGACGUCGACGCCGGCGCCGAGGAGGAAGCCGUCGUGGAGGGAGAGAGAGAAUAACAGGAGAAGAGAGAGGAGGAGGAGAGCUAUUGCUGCUAAGAUAUAUACUGGGCUUAGAGCUCAAGGAAAUUACAAUUUGCCCAAGCACUGUGAUAACAAUGAGGUUCUGAAAGCUCUUUGUGCGGAGGCUGGUUGGGUCGUUGAAGAAGAUGGCACCACUUAUCGGAAGGGAUGUAAGCCACCUCCAAUUGAUAUACCAGGCAGUUCAGCUAAAAUUACUCCAUUUUCUUCCCAAAAUCCGAGUCCCUUAUCUUCUGCAUUUCCAAGUCCAAUUCCUUCCUGUCAAGUCAGUCCUUCCUCCUCUUCCUUCCCUAGUCCAACUAGGCUUGAUGCUAAUAACCCGUCUAGUCUCCUUCCAUUCCUUCGAAGUGCCAUUCCUUCAUCUCUGCCUCCUCUCAGAAUCUCGAACAGUGCCCCUGUGACACCGCCACUUUCAUCUCCAACCUCAAGAAACCCUAAGCCGAUUCCCAACUGGGAAGCCAUUGCUAAAGAGUCCAUGGCCUCUUUUAACUACCCUUUUUAUGCUGUAUCUGCUCCAGCUAGUCCAACCCACCGUCAUUUUCAUGCUCCGGCCACUAUACCUGAAUGCGAUGAAUCUGAUACAUCCACUGUUGAAUCUGGUCAAUGGAUAAGCUUUCAAAAGUUUGCACCUUCUACAUCUCAAAUGCCAACUUCUCCAACAUUUAACCUUGUGAAACCUGUGGUUCCACAAAGUUUGCCCAAUGAUCUGAUCAUGGAGAAAGGGCGAGGUUCGGAGUUUCAGUUUGAGAGUGGACAGGUGAAGCCGUGGGAAGGAGAGAGGAUUCAUGAAGUAGGACUGGAUGAUCUGGAGCUCACGCUUGGAAGCGGGAAGGCUCGGUGUUAAACUAAGUGAGGCUAACAGUCAAAAUGUUGUUCUGAAAGUAUGUUAAAACAGAAGAAAAAGCUGUUUUGCUCAUUCCUGGUUCACACAGUUAGAUAUCCAAGAGCAUUCGGUUCGGUUGUUUCAUCUAUCAAUGAAAAUUGGACAUCUUAAACCAAAGGUGGGAGGAGUUACAUUUUCAUCUGCAACUGUUCCUUUUUUUUUUUCUCUUUUUCAGUCAGUUGAUGCUCACAUUCCCUGGUUGAAUUGUUGGGGGGAUUGGGUUGUUUUUACAAGCAUUACCUGUAGAUACUGUGGGAUCUUCUGGUUGUGAUAGAGUUCGUUUAAUCUUUCCUUUAGGCUUUGUAGGCUUGGGUAAAACCUCACAGAAUUAAAUUAUUUUUAGUGGUUUGUAUUGUUAAUGGGUGUAUCAUGUUGGUAAGCAAAUUUUUUUUUUUUUAUAUUCA